AUGGGAGGCGCUGUAGCGGACGUCAGGUCCAAGGAGGAGCUGGAUGGAGUGUUAGGUGGCGGCGGCUCUGUGGUCCUCCACUUCUGGGCUUCGUGGUGCGAGGCGUCCAAGCAGAUGGACCAAGUCUUCUCCCACCUCUCCGCUGACUUCCCCAGCGCUCGCUUCCUUAGGGUUUGCCUGCUUUUCCCCUUUUAUAUUCGUCUGCUGUUCUCUUCGGCGUUCUUUGUUACUUUCUUCUCUCUGGGGAUUUCGAUUUUUAUAGAACUGUCUUGUUAUUUCGACUCUACUGAAUUAGGAAUGAGGAAAUCGUUUAUCAUAUGUGCGGUGAAUAAAGUGUCAGAUCCUUCGGCGGAUAUCUUUUUGUUCAGCGUGCUAUAUAAAAUAUAUCCUCAGGCCAAUGCCGUAGAUGCCGCUGGAAUUGUAGUUUCAAUUCUUGUGCGUAGGCAGCUCGUUGUUUAUAUUCUUUAUGAAGAACGGAAAAGCUGUGGCUUGUAUUCAUUGGAAUAAUCUCUGUGAUUAAGUGUUUGGAACGGUAGAUGAAAGGGAUGAAAGGGCCCUAUUGAGGUACUCGCCUACAGCAUGUCUGUUGGCAAACCUCUCUCUGCCUACAUUUGUGGUAUCGCGUCUUAUUAUUUUUCUUUGCUUCCAUUGUUUCCAGGGUUUAUCUUUCAUGAAAUGUUGUGAUUGUUGGGUUGUCUGUGCUUCUGUGAAUUCCAUUUUCACGGACAUUCGAUGCUAUUUUAGUUUAUAAUCUCCUAAAAUUUUGAUUCAUUUACUCUCUUUCUAUUUGAGGUCUUUUCCCUACAUAAAAUUGUUUUUUUUACGCCUGCCUUUUGUUCAUGUUUUUAGGUCGAAGCUGAAGAACAACCCGAAAUUUCAGAGUGUUAUUCAGUUAGCGCUGUACCUUUUUUUGUCUUCUGCAAGGUAAUCAUGUUCCGUGCCUUCAAUUUUAAAAAUAAUGUGUAAAUUUUGAUUAAUAAAAAGUGAUACAGUAAAAGAGUGUUUUUUUCAUCAGACGUAAACUCUUAUUUGGUGCAGUAAUGAUGAACGUUGUUCUGUGUUUUCUUUGUAAACUGAAGUUUCUCUUUGUACCUGCUGAAAAGGGAAGAAAUCUAAACUGCACGGUUGCAGAAACUUGUAUUAAUUUUUUCCACAUCAGGUUCCCAAUUUCGUCUGACAAUCAUCUAUAAUGGAAAAUUUCUUUUUUUCCCCAAAAUUUCCUUGAGUAUGAAUUUUGUGUCAGACGUGAGGAAAUUUUGGGGAUAGCAGUGAAUAUGAUCAAAAUUGACCUAAAUGAUUCAAUGCUUCUCAUCCGUUAGGAUAUAGCAGUGAAUAACUUUUACCAACAGAAUAUUGAAUGUAAUAAACUACAGCUGCCCAUAUGCUUUAUUCGAUAUCUUUCAAGGUGGUCAGGGAGAAAAUUGUGUAAAAAAUAGGAAAAGUUUGAAUUCAGUUAAUGGUAAACGUCUUCAAAAGCUAUAAUGAGCAAUCCAAGAGUGAGAGAAUCUUGUAAAGCAGUCUUUUCUGGGUGGGAAUUUCGUAGCAUAAGGAAGGAACAAAAAGAGCACCGUAGAGAGAAUAAUGUAAUGUUUAUCAUCUAUAAGAAUUGGCUGCAUUUAUGGAACCUAAAGAAAUAUCUGUAAGAAACAACUUGAUAUUUAGAAUGUCAACAGCAUCUAAAUAUAGUGGGGCAUCAGUCUCCUGAACCUUUAUCUUCCUCAUGUUACCAAGAAGCUGACAAAUCAGUCUAAAUGGAAGACUCAUUUGUGAAGAUUCUCUGCAUAACUUGUAGAGUCGUUGAAAUAAAAAGCUGAAUGAGUAUCCGCUGAGCUACUCUUCCCAAUUUGGAGUUUACAACCAUUCUUAAAUCAAAAAUGCACAGACUUGAACUAGGUGGGAUCGGAAUUAUCUGGAUUUUGGAUUGUUUAGCCCAGUCUUCGUUACCUUGUUCUGGCCUAGUUUGCUUUUGUUUGGUCCAUGGGUAACCCAGCGGAGGCAUUUAUGAUAAACAUAAUCCCUCGAUCACAGUUUAACUUAUCUCUUGAAAAUCUUAAUAAAAUGGACCUUCAUACUUGAUACAGGGCACAGUCAUUUUCAACAAUCAGGGAAUGAAGUUUAGAUAGGUAGUUUCUAGAAUAAGAUACAGCUGUUUCUAAUAUCUGUUUUGACUAUUCGCGUUAGUCCUGCAUGUGCAAUGGGCCUCAUGCCAAGUAAUUCGUGUUUGACGUAGGGAUCUUGGAGGCCCAAGUCCCAGUAUCUGGCUGGUUUUUCUGUUCAAACAGCUAACUUUUUGUGCUUUACAACCCUGGUUUCCUCCCUCUUUGUUUUGGUUGGCCUUUGUACUAUGAUAGCCAAAUCUGAGACAUUUACACCACCAAAUCUCACAGGAAAAUAGCCAUUCAUCUCUUGUGGCAUAUAGCACAUACUGAAUUUGUCUCCAGCAUGUGAUAGGCAUAUUCCAAUUAGUGCAGUAUGAAAGCAUCUGGGUUUUCAUUUCUUCCGGGGGAGGUUGUGGUAGGACGUUUGGAAUACGAUCCAGAGGACGGUAAAUCAAUGAUGGAAUAACGGGAACCCGGAUCUGGACAGAAAUAUGGGAAAUAGAAAUGGAAACAAAAGAUAAACAGUAGAAAGAGUAGCUUGCGCUCCCAAGAACCCUAGAGUCAGUGGGGCCUCUCCUUCAGGCGCAGCUGCCUUAGGGAACUACCCAAAAACUUCCUUCCAUUGUCGUGAGCCGGCCAACCUUUCUAAUCUUGAUGGACCCACGAUGGAAUGCCCAUUUCUACCUCGUCCAUCCUCCGUCUUCACGAUGUUCCAUGGCCUAUGGUUGGUUUCCGGAGAUAUGUGGGCACCACCCUAUCCGUUAGGCUCGUUCCCCCGAUGUGGGUGAGAGGAUCCCGUGAGUAUUAUCUGAUACCAGUUGGGGGUCUUGGGUAGCAGUUCUGAUCACACAUGUUUGUUCUACCAACUUAAAAAAGUUAUUUUUAUGAAACAUUAUUCUGCUGACAUAUUCAGCUGUCUCACUUAUUUGUUUCUUCUAUACCUGAUGGAGUUAAAUCCGUUAUUUUUAAAAUUUUAUAUCGAUUGAUUAAAUUCAGUCAAAGGAAAAUAUUUGCGUAAUUUUAUCUGAUUGCUUGGCCUGUCAUCUCUGCUAGUAGCCAGCGUUGAAAUCUGAGAUUUAGCUUUUGACCAGUGUCGUCUCUUUCCUCAUGGAUUGUUUUUAUUGUAUCGUUGACUGUUGCCAUCGUUUCCUGUGGUUAUUUGCAGAAAUCUGGCUUGCCAGUGUUGAAAGUGUUGCAGAUACUAAAAAUAGAACAGUAACUACAGAUGAAGUCAGCGUUUUACUUACUUUUUUAACCUGAUUCUGCUGUGUUUCCUUAGGACGGUAAAGUCGUUGACAAAUUAGAGGGUGCAAACCCCCCCAGUUUAGCUGAAAAGAUCUCUAAAGUUGUGGGACCUAAGAACCGUGGGGAACCUGGCGGAGGGGAAGAUGGAGCUCCUCCUUCAGAAGGCCCUGCAUCACACCACCCCAGUGACUCCCUCAAGAACCGGCUGCAGCAACUUGUGGACUCCCACCCUGUUUUCCUCUUUAUGAAGGGAACCCCGGAUCAGCCGAAGUGUGGGUUCAGCCGCAAGGUAGUAGACAUUCUCAAGGACGAGGGAGUUGACUUUGGAAGCUUUGACAUUCUCACGGACAACGACGUCCGCGAGGGGAUAAAGAAGUUCUCCAAUUGGCCGACCUUUCCCCAACUCUUCUGCAAGGGGGAGCUCCUCGGCGGCUGCGACAUUGCGGUCGCCAUGCACGAAAGCGGUGAACUUAAGGAGGCGUUCAGAGACCAUGGGCUUCUCGGCGUUGACUCUGGAGCAGCAGCAGCAGCAACAACAGUAGUCUCUGAAUCGGAGAACCCUCCCCAAAUGGUCACCGAGGAGAAAUCCGUGGAGACGACCUCUGAUGCAAGCGGUGCCCUCAAUUCUCGUCUGGAGGAGCUCACCAACAGAAGCUCCGUCAUGCUGUUCAUGAAAGGAACCCCAGAUGAACCCAGGUGCGGCUUCAGCCGCAAGGCCGUUGAGAUUCUUCGACAGGAGAAGGUCGAGUUUCAGAGCUUCGACAUCCUCUCCGACAACGAAGUCCGACAGGGGCUGAAAGUCUUCUCCAACUGGUCGAGCUACCCACAGCUUUACAUAAAGGGGGAGCUCAUCGGAGGGUCCGACAUCAUGUUGGAGAUGCAGAGGAGCGGCGAGCUGAAGACGACUCUCACCGAGAAGGGCGUCCUGCCCGGAGAACAAACCCUAGAGGAGCGGCUCAGAGACCUGGUCUCCUCCUCGCCGGUGAUGCUCUUCAUGAAGGGCUCUCCUGAUGCACCGCGCUGUGGGUUCAGCUCCAAGGUGGUGAGUGCCCUCAGAGAGGAAGGAGUUGACUUCGGGUACUUCGACAUCCUGACCGACGACGAAGUGAGGCAGGGCUUGAAGACCUUCUCCAACUGGCCCACUUUCCCUCAGCUCUACUACAAGAGCGACCUCAUCGGCGGCUGUGACAUCGUCUUGGAGCUGCACAAGAACGGGGAACUGAGAGCCACUCUCACUGAGUAG